ACUGUCAAUCUGUGCCCAGGAAGCACAGUUAAGUUCAGAGGGUUUCGGGAGCUCUGCCUUCCAGACAGAACUCUGACAGUGUCACGUUCUGAGCUGUUUAACUGUUUCUCAAAGUCCUUGGCAGCUGGCCCUUGUGAAGGAGGCAACCUGCAACAAGCCCCACUGGCUUUCCUCUUCAAUCCAUCGCUGCUGACUGACAGAGCCUGAGUUAACCAUUAAACCAGGAGGACUGAAGAGACAGCAGAAUGAAAGACCAAGAGACAAUUAAAGUACAAGAUUUUAAUGAGAUAUUGAAAAUGGGCCAAGAAAAUAUUAAAGUGUUGGAGAGUGACUUGUCAGAAGAGAGGGAGAAGAGACAGCACCUGAUGUCAGCUUUCACUGCUAUUCAGAAGUCCUUGCAAGUGAAUAGUGAGGAAUUCCAAAAAUCAAAGUCAGAACUCCUGUGCCUUUAUAAGGAAAUUCAGAGUCUUCCAAAGGCUGAGGGCAGAGAGCAAUUUUUAGUAGCUUAUAACCUGCUACUGAGAGAGAAUUCUGAAUUAGAAGCCAAGGUCUCAAAGCUUGCACAAGAGCUGGAACUGUUAAAACAUUGCUCUGUAGGGGACAGAACUGCUAAUUUGAUGACGAGUGAAAACGUCUGUGAAGACCUGGUGUCUAAAGGGCCACUUUUGGAAGUGGAGGCUGUGAGCCCCAGUGAGGACAGACAGGCUCUCUGUUCUGAAUUAGGAGAAAGUAAACAGGAGGAAAUGCCAGACGGGUCAGUGAAGGCGGCCACUUUCCCCAGAGAGAGGCAGGAGUCACAGCAGAUGCGAGGUCAUGAACAGCCAUUGGCCGUGGAGCCCAAGGAAGUUGGGAGGCUUGAAGAAGAGGCGAGCCUCCAGUCUCAGAGCUGUGGUGAUAGUUCAGAUGACAGUAGCACCAAGUAUCUAACAUCUGGAGAGAAAACAAGCUGCCAGCAUCAAGGGGAACUGCGGGAACUGCGGCAGAACCUGCACCGCCUGCAGAUCCUGUGCAACUCGGCUGAGAAGGAGCUGCGGUACGAGCGGGGCCGGAGCCUGGACUUGAAACAACAUAACAGCUUGCUCCAGGAGGAGAACAUCAAGAUCAAAAUUGAACUCAAGCAGGCCCAGGAGAAGUUGCUGGACAACGCCAGGCUGCAUUCCUCGCUCACAGCAGAGUGGAAGCACUGUCAGCAGAAAGUCAAGGAGCUGGAGCUGGAGGGGCUUAGGCAGACGCAGAGCCUUAAAUCCCAGCAGGGCCUACAGGAAAAGCUGGCGCGGGAGAAAUCCAAAGCAGCAGAAGCACAGGAAAAGAUUUUGGACCUGCAGCAGAAGCUAGACCACGCGAGACAAGUCUGCCUCUCAGAUGUUUGCAUUUUGCGUAAGCAGCAACUAGAGGAAGAGAUUAAGGAAGCAAAGAGCAUCGAAGCCAGGCUGCAGCAGCAGUGCCAGGAGGAGCAGCAGAGGAGGAUGCUCCUAGACCAGGACAUAAAUGAGCUCCAGACACAAGUGAGAGCCUGGCAGGAUAAGGAGAAACAACAGGAAACAGUCAAUUCCCAGCAACAAGAGGCCCUACGAAAACAACUGGAGAGGGAGAGGAGGAAGUGUGAAGAGUAUGUCAAGAGCAACCAGGAAUUGUCAGAGAAACUAUCUAGCUUGCAGCAAGAAAAGGAAGCUCUAUGGCAAGAACACGGGCAGUUUUUGGAGCAACUUGGUGAUCAUGUGAGAAACUACAAAGACAAACACCACUGUCACAAAGCCAAGCUUCAAAAGGUCAAGGACCGUCUAACUCAUGAGUUAGAGAUACGGAAUAAGAGGAUUAAAGAACUUGAAGAUGAAACUGGGAAACUGCAGCAGAAAAUUGAAAUGGAGAAAGUGUUCCAGGGGCAGAUCAUGGCCCAGAAUGACAUCCUCCUCCUGGAAAAGAGGAAGCUUCUAGAACAAGUCACAGAUCAAGAAGAACUGAUUUGCAGCAGCAAGUGCACGAUAUCUGCCUUCCAGAGCAAGGCGUCUUUACUGGAUAAAGAAAACCAGCAGUUGCAGGAGAACUGCCUCCGGCUCAUGCAGCAAAUUGGCCUCUUGGAACAAAUUAUAAGGAGCAUCCAGAUUCGCAGAGAAGAGGAAACAGUAAUUACUGACAACGCUGCAUUUGAAAUACUCAGAAAGAUACUACCUUUACAAAACUCCAGUUUCUCAGGGACAGGCUUCGUAUUGUCAGCUGAAAAUCUCCAGGAGACUGAGCUGCACACAUCGGAAGGUGCAACAGCAAUCCCCAAGUCCCCCGAGCCUCUUUCACGUUCACAGGAUUCAGAAAGUGGAUAUAUAAAUGUGACUUCUCUAAAAGAGACACACAACACACAAGGGGACCAAAAGCCAGAACUAUGACCUCACUGGUAUCUACAAGACUAAUCAUGCCUACUAACUCAGAGCCUGGAUAUAAAGGUGCAAACCGAGCUGGAGCAGUCUCACAGAACACCCUGGACAUCAACAAGGAUUCCUCAAAAUCGCUUAUUAAACAGCCAUUAAAAUUUUUCAAAGAUGGAAUUGUUUGAUAUACCUAUUGAUAAUGAGGUUUUCAUUUUUUUUCUUUUCUUUUAUGUCUAUUAGUGGUUUGUCUGUGUGUGUGUGUCCAUAUACUCUGUGCAUAUGACAGAAAGAGGGCAUUGGCUCUCCUGAGACUACAGUAGCAGACAGCUGUGUCUUGUGGGUGCUAGAAAUGGAACCCCAGUCCUCUGCUGAGCCAUCUCCCCAGCCCUAAGAAGAUUUUUAUUUUAUGUACAUUGGUGUUUUACCCGCAUGUGUCUGUGUGAGGGUAUCAGAUCCUCUGGAACUGGAGUUACAGGCAGUUGUGAGCCGCCAUGUGGGUGCUGAGCAUCAAACCUGGGUCCUUUGAAAGAACAGCCAGUGCUCUUAACUGCUGAGCCAUCUCUCCAGGCCCGAAGAGUUUUUUUUUUUUUUUUUUUUAAUACUCCACCAAAGAUUUAUGUUCAGUAAGCACAGAAUAAAAAAAGCAUUGGUCGUGGUGUGGAAGGAAUUGGCCAGUGGUGAAUAAAUAGAAAGGUUUACUUAGUGCCACGCAAUGGGUAGUGGGUGCAAUAAGGAAAGGACACUUGCAACCUUCUCCCGCGUUGUCAGUGCAAUCACUGCACUUUGCACUUAGUGUCCUCAUUCAAGUAUGUGUUCAUUGGAGGACUCAACAAAAGCUUCUUUAUGUACAGUGCUGUUAUGUGUGGCAGAUGGUUGAGACAGAUGGAUGCAGGGAAUUGAACCUGGGUCCUCUGGGGGGAACAGUCUGCACUCUUUACUGCCAAGCAAUCUCACCAGCCCCUCAUUUGGGAACUUUUGAGAUAACAUCUCAUGUUAUCUCAAACUUGAUGUGCUAGAUGACCUUGAACUCCUGACUUUCCUACCUCCACCUCCCAAAUACUGUGAUUACAAGCAUCUUCUACC